CCCCCGCCGUCGCUCAGGCGCUGCUGGAGCGGGAGAGCGGCAGCCGUGCGGAGCCCCGGGCCGGGCGGGCUGAGGAGCUGCCGCUAUGGUGUUUUACUUCACCUCCAACGAUACACUCUGAACCACCUGGAUGUUGAGGGGGUUUUGCCCAGAAAGCUGUUCCUUGCUGGAUAAUCUUCCAUGGAAAGCAGUGGAAAUGCCACAUUCCAAAGUCUGUUGAAGCAUUUGCGACAAAAUCUGGAGGAAACGCAAAACCAUCUUCCUUCGGCCCCCAGGAGAGAAGUGGGAUGGAUGGAUGGAUGGAUGGAUGGAUGAAGCAGUUUUCAUUCUAAUUUCUGUGACCAAGACUGAUGAAGAUCUAAUAAAGUAUGGCUGGCCUGAAGAUAUCUGGUUUCAUGUGGAUAAGCUCUCUUCCGCGCAUGUGUACCUUCGGUUACACAAGGGGCAGACGGUGGAUGACAUUCCUAAAGAAGUUUUGAUAGACUGUGCCCAUCUAGUGAAGGCGAAUAGCAUUCAAGGUUGCAAGAUGAACAACGUCAACGUGGUAUACACGCCGUGGACUAACCUGAAGAAGACUGCAGACAUGGAUGUGGGGCAGAUUGGCUUUCACAGGCAGAAGGAUGUGAAAAUGCUGACAGUGGAGAAGAAGGUGAACGAGAUCCUGAACCGGCUAGAGAAGACAAAAGUGGAGCGCUUCCCAGACCUGGCGGCUGAGAAGGAAGCCAGGGACAGAGAGGAGAGAAAUGAGAAAAAAGCCCAGAUCCAAGAGAUGAAGCGGAAGGAAAAGGAAGAGAUGAAGAAGAAGAAAGAGCUGGAAGAACUUAGGAGCUACUCAUCCUUAAUGAAGGCUGAGAACAUGUCCUCCAAUCAGGAUGGCAACGAUUCAGAUGACUUUAUGUAAAUAAAGUCUCUCUCCUUUCUCAAUCA